UCCUUCCUUGGCGUUCGUAACCAAAACCCUCUCCCCCUCCUUCCCUCUCUAUCUCAAUUCGAUUUGAUUCGAAGAAAGGAAAAAAAAAAGGGACAUGAGCAGCAUCGGCACGGGUUACGAUCUCUCAGUGACCACUUUCUCCCCCGACGGAAGAGUCUUCCAGAUCGAAUAUGCCGCCAAAGCCGUCGACAACAGCGGGACUGUAAUUGGGAUCAAAUGUAAGGAUGGGAUUGUUAUGGGCGUGGAGAAGCUGAUUUCGUCGAAGAUGAUGUUAGCGGGGUCGAAUCGGAGGAUCCACUCCGUUCAUAGGCAUUCCGGCAUGGCUGUGGCAGGCUUGGCAGCAGAUGGUAGGCAAAUCAUUACACGAGCUAAGUCUGAAGCAACCAGUUAUGAAAGAGUCUAUGGCGAGCCCAUACCUGUGAAAGAACUUGCAGAACGUGUUGCUGGUUAUGUUCAUCUUUGCACACUUUAUUGGUGGCUGAGGCCUUUUGGUUGUGGAGUUCUUCUUGGAGGUUAUGACAGAGAUGGACCGCAGCUGUACAUGAUUGAACCCUCAGGAGUCUCAUAUAGGUACUUUGGUGCUGCAAUCGGAAAGGGAAGACAGGCUGCCAAAACAGACAUAGAGAAGUUGAAGUUGUCUGAGUUAACUUGCAGGGAAGGGGUUAUUGAAGUUGCCAAGAUAAUAUAUGCAGUACAUGACGAGGCAAAAGACAAAGCCUUUGAGUUGGAAAUGAGCUGGGUCUGUGAUGAGUCUAAUCGCCAACACCAGAAGGUUCCAGAUGAUCUCCUGGAGGAAGCCAAGGCUGCUGCAAAAGCUGCAUUAGAGGAAAUGGAUGCAGAUUAAGUGCGCUUGCCGGAUGCUUCAUGUUAUAUUCGUUUUCUAUUUCCUACACCCCAUCAGUGGAUUCAAUUUUCAGGUUUUAUCUGUUGUCAAUGAAACUCGCCCUCCGCAUGGGGAAUUGCCCAGGAAAAUCAGGUUGCGUGUAAUCUUCUUUAUAUGUUGCCAUGAGCAUUAUUUUGUGGUGACAGAAGGUUAUAAACUUAAAUGACCUUUUCAUAGGUUGCUUUCUGCAUCAAACUGUUGGGUCCUAGCACAAAUGCAAACGAAAUCUUUACGUAUUUUAGUUGCUUGGACGUUGGUAUGUCCAAGGCUUCACUAUUUUAA